AUGGAACAUGUUAUGGAUAUAGUUAUUAAAACAGUGAAUUUGAUUAGAUCCCGUGCAUUGAGUCAUAGACAAUUUAGUACACUACUCAAUGAAAUGGAUGCUCAGUAUGGUUGUUUACUAUAUUACAGUGAGAUAAGAUGGUUAAGUCGUGGAGCAGUUUUACAAAGAUUUUUCAAUUUAUUAAAUGAAAUAGACUGUUUUGUGAAAUCUAAAAAUAAGUUUGUUUCAGAAUUAACUAAUAAUGAUUAGAUUAAAGAUUCAGCUUUCCUUGUUGAUAUUACUACACAUUUAAAUAUUCUCAACCUACAAUUACAAGAAAAAAACAAAGUUAUCACAAAUAUGUACAAUUCAAUUAAUUUAUUUACUAUGAAACUUCGAUUAUGGGAAACUCAACUUUCAUUAAAUAACUUGGUACACUUUCCUACAUUAAAACAAUUAUCCACAAAUAGUAAUGAUAGUAAAAAAUACAUUUCACACAUUUUAUUACUAAAAAAUGAAUUUAUGAAGAGAUUUAGAUUUUCAAAAGUAUAAAGAUGAUUUUCUAAUUUUUAGUAAGCCAUUUUCUAUAAAUGCAGAGCAUGUGAGGGAAGAUUUACAACUCGAGUUAAUUGAUUUGCAUUAUAAUUCUGUUUUAAAAUCAAAGUUUGAAGCUGUUGGAGUUCCAGAAAUUUUUAAAUAUCUUGGAGACAGUUAUCUAAAACUAAAGAAACACUUUUCUAACAUUUUAUCCAUGUUCGGUAGCUCUUAUGUAUGUGAACAAUUAUUUUCUCUCAUGAAAUUAAACAAAUCGAAAGGUCGCAAUCAAAUUUCAAAUGUCAAAUUACAAUCUGUUUUACAUUUGACAUCAAGAAAUUCUUGUGCAAAUAUAGACAGCUUGGUACAAAAGAAAAGAUGUCAAGUUUAA